UCCAGGUAGAUGAAUUUAAGCAUCUCAAAGAGACCCUGAUCAGAAUGCCCAGCCUUCGACAUGGUCAAAACCCCGCCCACCAACAGGCCCAGCCUGCUGCUCUAUUGGCCAAGGCCCAUGAACAGGGCCCACCCUUACCACAUCCAGCUGCCUUAUUGGCUGAGCCCCACAUAGAAGCACACACCCACGAGGAAGACCAUGGGGACACACAGUCCAGGUUGCAUCUGCAGGAGGAGCCAGAGUUCCAGUCUCAGCCUGCCGGGUCCCACCAUGCAGAGAAGGAGAAAGAGGGAUAUGGAGAGACUGAGGGGGAGGCAGAGAGGAGUAGAGAGCUGGGGGAGGCAGAGAAGAGGAGAGAGCUGGCGGAGGGGAGGCGGAGAGGAGGAGAGAGCUGGCAGAAGAAGAGAUGGAGCAGGCAGGGCAGCCUCAGAAGCUGGAGGAGGAAUCUGAACAACCACAGGAGGACGAGGGGUUGGAGGCAGAACACGACCAGCCAGACAACAACGCUCUGAACCGUCAGAGACGCCAACCACAACAGGAUCCACAAAGUGACAUCCAUCUCGUCCCUGAGACCCACCUCCAGCAGGAGGCCCAGGUGGAGCGUGUGAAGUCUGCCUACGAGCAGCAGCAGGUGCAGCAGCGCCUGGAGGCUGAGCGGGCCCAGAGGACGAGGGAGCUCCAGCUGCGCCAGGAGGCCCUGCAGGCCCAGAGGACGAGGGAGCUCCAGCUGCGCCAGGAGGCCCAGCAGGCCCAGAAAAUGAACGUGCAGAGGGAGAGAGAGAUGCGUCUGCGAGCUCAGCACGAGAGAGAGGAACAGCACCAGCAUCAAGAGGAGGUCCGUCGGGAACAGCUACUGAAGGAGGAGCAACUCAGGAAGAAAAGUGACUAUGAGAACACAAACAAUGACAUCGUCCAGGGUGAUGAAGAACCUCAUAUUGAUGAUGACGAAGAGAGGGACACCCACUUGGAGAAGGAGAACCAAGAGGAAGAGGACCACCGAGUACCACAGCGACAGGGGGCAGUAGAGAGGGAGGUGGACCCAGAGGAUGACCCUAAUAACCAGGGGGAGGAUGAGUUUGAUGUGGCAGAGGAGCAGCAUCUUCAGCACAGGGAGGAAGAGGAGGCAGACAUACAUCUCAACCCCAAUCACCCAGCCAUAGAUGAGGAACUGGUGAUGGCGGUAAACCCCGACCAGCAGGAAGACAACCUGGAUGACCAGUAUCCGGAGGAGGACGAGGUGCAGGAGGAUUUGGCCGGGGGGCAGAAGAGGGAGGAGGAGGAGGAGCCAUACAACGAGGAGAAAGGAGAACAC